UCACUAGUUACUUUGCCAAGUAACUAAUUACUCUUACAUUCAGGUAACUGAGUUACUAACGCAAUUACUUUUUGGGAGAAGUAAUUUGUAACUGUAAUUACUUUUUUAAAGUAAAAUUAACAACACUGCAUGGCACUAAAUGCGUUAGUAGACAGCCGCCAUCUUAAAGCAGUAGACUUUUUAGGACGGCUCUGUUGUAGAGAACCUUCCUAGCGAACCUAAGUAACUUUUUAUCUAAACUACUUCUAAAUCGGCAAAAUCUUGACUUGAAUCUAUCUUUAAAUGAUGAAACAGUUUUAAAACUUUCAUAUGUCGAAAGUAGAGAGAAGGGAACAAAUGCAAUAAUGGCAGCAAUUUUAACAACUUUUAACAGUUGAUUCAGGGUAAAGGGUAAAUUUGGGUCAAGAAUUGGGCUCGGGCCAAUUGUACCAAAAACCUUCACAAAAAACUUCACAUAGUGUGGCCAAUUUUUUUUUUUUUUUUUUUUGAGGGGAAAAAAAAAAAAAGUAAUUAUCACCAAUUACUUUGCCAAGUAACUAAUUACUCUUACAUUCAGGUAAUUGAGUUACUAACGCAAUUACUUUUUGGGAGAAGUAAUUUGUAACUAUAAUUAAUUACUUUUUUUCAGUAAGAUUAACAACACUGGUCAUAGCCGCUAACGCGCUCGGCCAAAUGGACACACAAGUACGGAAGGUGAAUUAUGCCAAACAAAGGGUCACCACAAUGUCAUUAUCAUCAUUUGAAAAAUUAAAGUGACGGGUAAAAAUAGAUUAUGACCGGAUUUUUAUGACCCUGUCAGUCAAAAUGACAGACAACGAAAAAGUCUAGCGCAACCUCUGCACAAAAAGUACAUAAACAUUCAACAUACUGUACAUAAGUACUGUAUUUGUUUAUAAUAACAAUAAAUCUACAAGAUGGCAUUAACAUCAUUAACAUUCUUUCUGUUAAAGGGAUCCACAGAUAGAAAGAUGAAGAAAGAAAUUUGAGUACAAGUUAUAGUAAUUUUAUAUUAAAACCCCUCUUAAUGUUUUCAUUUUAAUAAAAUUUGUAAAAUUUUCAAUCAAAUAAUAAACUAAUUGCUCGCCAUUGUUGACGUCACCGAGUGGUGACGUCACAUCGGGCUGCCUGCCGUUCUUCCACAGUGUCUUUAACUAUGUAAGGUAGUGAUUGAAAUACACCACAAGGUGUCAAUGGCGAGUUUUAAAUUAAUUAGAGCUCUAGCCAAGGCAAAGUGAGUAAGUUUUAUGUGUAUUUCGCAUAGCUAUUUUGAUUGGGAAUCCCAGUUCUCUUUAUAUUGAGCGCUUUUCUUUUUGUGAACAUUAUUCUUUUUGAGAGAUAGGAACAUUAUUUUUGUUGUGCUUUCCUAAAUGUAGCGACUUAACUGUUCCGCCCAAAUGCAUGAUGGGAAGUAGGGCAACCAUGACUGUCAGUGGUGGCUACAAAUGGUAUACAGUAUGUUCUGCGUUGUGUUCAAUUCGGCGUGAUAAGAAAAUAAAUGUCUCCUGCUCUGCCCAAAUGCAUGAUAGGAAGUUGUACAACCAUGACUGUCAGUAGUGGCUGCAAAUGGUAUACAAUAUUUUUUGUGUUGAGUUCAAUUAAGCAUGUUAAGAAAAAGAUCGUCUCUUGCUCUGCACAAAUGCAUGAUGGGAAGUCAAUCUCAAUGUGCUAAAACGGCGUCAUUGUAAACUGUUUUGCACGGGUCUUCCGUGCAUGCGUUAAUUGCGUCAAAUACUUUAACGUGAUUAAUUUUAAAAAUUAAUUACCGCCCGUUAACGCGAUAAAUUUUACAGCCCUGUAUUAUUUAUAUUAUAUGAAUACAAUCAUAUAGUGCGGGUAUGCUUUUUUCACUUUCAGUUCUUAAAUGAAAAGAUAAUAAAUAUACACAAUUUAAGUAAAUUGAAGCACCUUAAAUCUAUAAUGCAACAAUAAAAAAAAUUACAGAAACUAAGAUAACAUGUUAUAAUUAAUUGUUUAAAGAAUAUACAAUACUUUUUUUUUUUUUUUAAAUUAAGAAUACAAGGAUAAACGAUCAAAACAAGGGGGAAAUGAAGGGAAAACAAUCUAAUAAAAUACUGAAUGCAAUACAUAAUACAUGAAAAUGGUGAGUCAGCCAAAGUCUUCCCAGAGAAAUUCAAGUCAUCUGGUGAAAAUUCUUCUAGUUUUAAUAUUGCAAUAAACAUCGCAAUGUAUCGCAAACCCCCAAAAAGGCGCAAUGUAAGUUUGUUCCAAUAUCGUUCAGCCAUAAUUCAAAGUAAAAUUAUUUUUAGUUUUAACCCAGUGCCUGCCAUUGACGGCAAUCAAUGACCAACCCUGCAAGCCCCUCCCACUUCAAAUGGAUUGGAUGUCUGGUGCUGUCAAGAGUUAUAGAAACAACAUCAAACUCAUUACAUCUAUCAUCAAAGGUUGAAUAAUAAAGUUAAUUAUUCAUAAUUUCAAAUUAAUUAAUUUACUAUUAUCAGACACAUUUCUAUAAAUUUGUUAAGCGUAACAACUUCAGCUUUGACAUAUUGUGUUUUAUUAUUCACCGCGCAUGCGUGUAGAGUUGACGUUUCAGACAUAUUUGAACCAGUGGGUCGAAACUAGCAGUUAGCCACCUAUGAAGCCAUGGAAUAAGAAUAAUAAAAACACUAAGACAUUAAGAUAGAAAACGAUGUACGUCAUGACUAUGCGCUUCAAAUUCUACAGUGCAGAAAAGUUGCUCAACUGUUAUUUGUCGGAAUAAAUUCCUCUACAAAGCAUGUCAUGUUUUUGUGUGUGUUUGUGUGUCAGUGCGCAUGCGCAUACAAGUUAUUUGGGCCGGACACUUGAGGCUUUCGCUUCUUAGUCAGGACGCAACUGGCCAAAACGCUCAAAAGCACAAAAAACGCAGUACUUACAUUUGAUUUAGUUGGCUUCUUCACCAUUUUACCACUACUCCACAUCGUUCCUGAAGUAGUAAAAGUGCGAUUUGUGACAAAUUCCUCCACAAGGCGUCGCUCACUUCUCCGGUAUAGUUAUUCAGUGAGCUGUCCAUCUUUCAUGUGCGCUGCGAGCCAUAAAGUGAUAAAAGUCACUCAAUGCACCGACUCGUUAACUAUUAAUUACACACAUACGAAGUGUGCUAAUGAAAUUUCAAUAAUUUAGGUGAACUGAUGGACGGCCUACAAACAUUGAUACUUCGCAACCUUUUUGAUUUGCUAAUGCUGCGCUGUUAGCCGUUACUUGCUGGGCUGGGAGUGGGGACGACGCUAGCAUGCAAAGACGAUAGUAAUUACAAGAUAGCUAUCUCCGUCAUAUGGUUCACAUCGCAUUUUGACAACAACAAACGCAUAAUGACAAUUUUUUUAAAGCACAGAAAUGUUAUUAUGCGAGACCCUUUGCGAUUAUAACAAUUUUUGUUUGCUAUAAAUGUUUAACACUUAAAAAAACAAUCUUUGUGAAUGCCAGCGAAACCGGAAAUUCGUAUAAGAACAUUAUUUCGCUUUACACGGAUUGAACUUUGUGCUAUUUAGUCAUCAAGGAUGCUAGUGAAGAAAGUCGUCCUCAACUGCAGACCAGGGUCAAAUGGGGUGCCAGAUCCUGGAAAUUUCCGCCUGGAGGAGACAACGCUUGACCCUGAUUUGGGAGAGGAGGAAGUUCUGGUUAAGACUCAGUACCUAUCUGUUGAUCCAUACAUGAGAUGCAGGAUGAAUGAAGACAGCGGAGCGGAGUAUCUGACACCUUGGAAGCUGUCGGAAAGCGUGGACGGCGGCGGAGUCGGUGUCGUCUUGUCCAGCCGCCACAACGCCUUUCGAGAGGGGGACGUAGUCACAUCCUUCACUUGGCCCUGGCAGAGCCACGUUGUCGUGAAGGGGAGCAUCCUACAGAAGGUGAAUCCCGAACUGGUGGACGGCCAUGUUUCCUACUUUCUCGGAGCGGUGGGAAUGACGGGUCUUACGGCGCUACUGGGCAUGAGAGAAAAGGGUCAUGUGACCAAAGGAGCCAAUCAGACGCUGGUGGUCAGCGGCGCAGCUGGGGCCUGCGGUUCUGUGGCUGGACAAAUCGGCCGUUUGGACGGUUGUUCCAGGGUCGUCGGAAUAUGUGGUUCUGAAGACAAGUGCAAGACAUUGGUGGAAGUGUUAGGUUUUUCCGGAGCCAUUGACUACCGGCGACAGGACGUUGCCGCGGGGCUACGGGAGAACUGCCCUGAUGGAAUCGACAUCUACUUUGACAACGUGGGAGGAGAGGUCAGCGACACUGUCAUUGCGCAGAUGAACGAGGGCGGCCAUGUGAUCUUGUGCGGUCAAAUCUCGCAGUAUAACAAGGACGUCCCGUACCCGCCGCCCCUUAGCCAGGAAACACAAGACAACCUGCGCAAGAAAAACAUCACCAGAGAAAGGUUUAUGGUGCUCAACUAUAUGAGCCAAGCUCAAGAUGCCCUCUGUGAGCUCGGCCGCUUGGUCGCCUCUGGGCAAGUUAAGGUGCUAGAAACAAUCGAGAACGGCAUCGAAAAUAUGGGAGUUGCCUUCUGCUCUAUGAUGAAAGGGGGGAACCUGGGCAAACAAAUCGUCAAAAUCUCGCACUGACCCAGAAAUGAACAACACUUUGUGACAUCCUGAUUGCAUUGAUUGAACAUUUUUAAUCCACAGCACUAUAAACCAUCGAUUAAAAAAAAAGUGGUUGCUCCCUUUUUCAUUCUGAACACCCUCCUCAUUCAUUACUGCGUGUGUGUGACAUUCAGGAUACAGUACAUUGCACUCACGGCCGCAUAAUAAUGAUGUCAUCAGUGGGCGCCGAUCAACUCUUCAUUUGACACACACACACACAUGCUUAACAAUGGGAUCUUGAAAUACAGGAAGUGCACGUUUGCGCAGUUAUGUCACAAGACUCGUCAUUAGGUACACCUGCGUUUAUCCAAUCUGAUCUUCCUGCAUUGAAUUUACUUAAAAUGUGUCAUUUCAGUGGUCAUAUAAACUCCUUCAUGAUACAUGUGGACGAAAAAGAAGCCAAAGAAUCAUAUGAGCUUCAGUAGGUACUUUCCUUUUUAGCCAGUACUGGAUGUAGUGAAAUGGGAGUUUUGAUGUGAAUCAAAUGAUAUCAUAAUUAAAAAAAAAAAAAAAAAAAGAAAUCAACUUUUGUUGGUAUUUUUACCCUGACUCAGUGAAAUCACACAAUAUCACAAAUUAAAUUAAUAAAAAGGCAGUUUCAUUUCACAGCUAUAUUAACAUUCAUCAUCUCACUACUUAAAGUCACCACGCACUGAUUUUCCUUCCCGUUUCAUUGUAAUUUAUUCAGAGCUACGGUGGAGUUAAAAAAAAAAAAAAAGUCCUGAAAUACUACCUGCGAUUUGAUUGUGUCUAAAGACUCGCGUUCCUGAGUAUCCAAACAGUUUAAUGUUUAUGAUAUCAAAACAUCAGGGGAAGUGUCUUCGUGGACGCCAGUGAACACGACACUAGCAUACAUCUGUUAAUGCUAGCAGUUUUGAGGUAAACCACACUGACAGGAAAAUUUAAUGCAAUUGUAAAACAAAUAUUGUUAUUACUGUUUAGUUUUUUGUGUAAUAUGUGUUUUUGAAAAUAUUCAUGAAAAUUUAGUCUCAUGUGAUCUUGGUGUUAGAUUUUUUGUAAAAUUUGGAAGACAAUUAAGUCUUUCAUGAAGCUUCUUUACAUGUUUUGUUAAAUGUCAGAGAUAAUUUAGUCCAUAAUGACCCCUAAAAUAAUUAUCUCGAUAACUAAUUUAGAUUCAUGUGAUUGUCACGAAUAUAUUUUUGAAUAAUAUUGAAGAAUCUCCAAAGCAACAACACAUUUCUUUCAAAAUUGUAAGAAAAAAAUCCAAUACAACAUGGAAGAGAAUUCUGAUUCGUCAAUUAACUCGCAUUUUGGUAACAUUUUGAAAAAAACUAUAACUUUGAAGCCAAUUUCGUUUAUAUUGGACCUGAAGUACUAUUUUUACAGAUCACUGAAAAAGAUGUGACCUUGUUAUUUCAUACCAUAGUAGUCUACUUUUUUUUUUUUAAAGAUAAUUCCAAGUUAUGUAAACAUGGAUAUUUUUCAUAAUCAGUGCAUGUAAGUGUGUUUUUCUUCAUAAAUGUUUUUUUUCUUUCAAUUUAACAUUUUCACUAAUAUCUGUUUUAUACAGCUAGCACCGUUUUUCACUAAAUUCCGGAUUUUGUGACAAAUGUGUUUUCACAACGAUGAGCUCAAUAGUCUUAAACGAAAUCGAUAUUUCCUUUUUCGCCAUCAUCGCUGAUUUAGUGUUUAAACUACACAUUUUUUAAAUACUCUCAGCAUUUUUCUGUCUACGUAUUCUUUCGAUUUUUGUGGAUGUCAUGAAGUAGA